CUUUACAUAAAUAGUAUUAUAUACAAUACACGUAACCUUACGCGUAGAACAUAUUUUGCACAGAAAUCGUAUUGUAAUUUAACAUAAUGGUUUUAUGCAAUGUAAAAUGUGUAGAAAACAUUUCCAAAUAUCUGAAUGUUGCUCCUGGAAAACUAUAUGUCUCCAAAAAUAAUGUUGUUGCUGCCAAAGAUCUAUUAGAAAAGGAAUCCCUUGAAGGUUUUAGUACAAUAGUGCAAACUCUAGUAAAGCUCUCUAAGUUUUCUAAUAUACUUGGAAAGGAUGCAGUUACUCAAGCUCUAACUCGACAAUGGUUGGAGUAUGUAGUUCUCAAUGUAAACUACGCUGACAAUUUGAAGAAUGUAAAGAGGAUCUUAAAGGUAUUUCAGUUCAGGCUAGAUAACCCUAAUCAAAAUGUUAUUAAUAUGAGUUUUACAUUAUAUUCACAGGAAUUAAACUUGAUUUUAAGAAAAUCUACAUACAUAACAGGAACAGAGAAGACUGUAGCUGAUGUUGUACUUUACUACGCCCUACAUUCAAUAAUGCAAGGAUUAACCCAUCAGGAAAAGGCAGAAUAUGUCAAUGUGUCAAGGUGGUUUGAUAAUAUUCAGCAAGAUGAGAAAUUGCGACAGGAAUUGGAACUUAUUAAUUUUAAUCUACUUAAUUUGUACUUGUAAUAAAAUUAAGAUACAUUUAAAUACAUAAGUGCUAAAAAAUAUUA